AUGAACUGGGCUGAGGAAUUCCUCUGGGAUCUCCAGCAGGAGGAACGGCCAUUGGAGGAGUUUGUGGAGGAUUUUUUGAGCAUUUCCCAUCUGGUAAGCUGGAGUGAUUCGAUGUUAAAUGCUUGCUUUCGGAUGGGACUAAAGGAUGAUUUUCUGUUCAAUUUAAUAACUGAUGACGAUUGCCGCAAACCCCUAGCGGAUUUUCUUAAUCAUGUACUGAAUCUCAGUAAUUCCAAUUGUCAUGUUGUUGUGGAGGAUUCCUAUCCUCCUCCCAUCCGAAAGCAUGCAAUCACUCCAGCUCACCACAAGCCAGUGUCCUCCACCUCCUUCUCCAAUAAGCUUGAUCCCUCCAUGCCUUCCUCGCUUCCCCAAGUCUGCCUAAGCUCCACCAGAAUCCUCAACCCAGUUCCACCGGCGGCCGCCACGCCAGCGUCUGCACGCAAGAUGGCCGCCACGCCAGCGUCUGCACGCAAGAUGGCCGCCACGCCAGCGUCUGCACGCAAGAUGGCCGCCACGCCAGCAUCCCCGGCCAAGAUGGCCUCCGUUCCUGAGUUCCCGGCCAAGAUGGCCGUCAAGCCUGAGUCCCCGGCCAAGAUGGCCUCCGUUCCUGAGUCCCCGGCCAAGAUGGCCUCCGUUCCUGAAUCCCCGGCCAAGAUGGCCUCCGUUCCUGAGUUCCCGGCCAAGAUGACCGCCAAGCCUGAAUCCCCGGCCAAGAUGGCCUCCGUUCCUGAGUUCCCGGCCAAGAUGGCCUCCGUUCCUGAGUUCCCGGCCAAGAUGGCCGCCAAGCCGGCCGCCAAGCCUGAGCCCCCGGCCAAGAUGGCCGCCAAGCCUGAGCCCCCGGCCAAGAUGGCCACCAAGCCUGAGCCCCCAGCCAAGAUGGCCGCCAAGACUGAGCCCCCGACCAAGAUGGCCGCCGCACCCGAGCUCACUGACCAGCCAGAGCGCCCUCAAGCAACCGCGCCGCCAGAGUGCCCUCAAGCGACCCGCUCGCACAGAGCCUGCUCAUCCAGUGUCUCUGCUGGAGACGCCCAGCCCUCCAGAGUCUCCGCUGGGGUCGUCCAGCCGUCCAGAACCCGCUCGCCCCGAGCGCCGUCCAGGGCCCGCUCCUCAAGAGCUUCCUUCAGAGCCCACGUCUCCUUUGGCACUUCCUGAGCCAAGUCAAGACACAGCUCCACUUCCUGAGCCAGGUCAAGACACAGCUUCACUUUCUGAGUCAAGUCAAGCAGCGCCAGCGUGCACCCCAGAGCCCGAGCUACCUCCAGUGCACCCUCCAGAGGCUGAGCUCACGUCUGGGGUCAAGGCCGCUCCUGAACCCUCUAUCGCCGGAGAAGCUGCGCCUAUGCCUCCUGAGGUGUCAGCCCAGGCUGUAGAACCUCAUAGGGAGGCGGCGUUAACUGUUGAACUCUCUGCUUCUCCCCUUCCUCUGUCCACCUCCUCUAUCCCUGCUCUUCCCAGGUCCCGAUCCUUGACGCGGUUGCCCGCACAGCCCUGGAGGGCCCCAGCGCGCCUUCCAGCUCGCCCACCAGAGCCGGAGCUCGGUCCAGCUCGCCCUCCAGAGCCGGAGCUCCCUUCAGCGCGCCCUCCUGAGUCGGCUUCUCCUUCAGCGCGCCCUCCUGCGCGCCCUCCUGAGUCGGCUCCUCCUUCAGCGCGCCCUCCUGCACGCCCUCCUGAGCCAGCACCUCAUCCAGCGCUCCCUAGGGCUGGCAGAACUGUAAAUUCCCCCAAGAAAAUUUGGGGGGGGGGCUACUCCCCUGUUCAGCCAUG